AUGGCAGGCAAAAAACAUGUUUUUUUAAUUGCUACACUUCUUUCCUUGUUGGUUUCUUCAGUCGUUGCACAUGGGGGUAAGCAAGUAGGCGUGACUUAUGAUGAAAGGUCCUUGAUCAUCAAUGGCAAAAGAGAGCUUCUCUUCUCUGGCUCCAUUCACUAUCCUCGCAGUACUCCUGAUAUGUGGCCAGAAUUAAUCCUGAAGGCUAAGCGUGGAGGUUUGAAUGUGAUCCAAACUUAUGUCUUUUGGAACAUUCACGAGCCGGAGCAAGGCAAGUUUAACUUUGAAGGACCAUAUGACUUGGUGAAGUUCAUCAAGACGAUUGGGGAGAAUGGUAUGUUUGCAACCCUCAGGCUUGGACCAUUCAUCCAGGCUGAAUGGAACCAUGGAGGACUUCCAUAUUGGUUGAGAGAGAUUCCAGACAUCAUAUUCCGUUCCGACAACGCACCCUUCAAGCAUCAUAUGGAGAAAUUCGUUACGAAAAUCAUCGACAUGAUGAAAGAAGAGAAGUUGUUUGCAUCACAAGGAGGCCCCAUUAUCUUGUCUCAGAUUGAGAAUGAGUACAACACUGUCCAGCUUGCAUAUAAAAACUUGGGAGUUAGCUAUAUUCAGUGGGCAGGAAAUAUGGCUCUGGGGCUGAACACUGGAGUCCCAUGGGUCAUGUGCAAGCAGAAGGAUGCACCUGGUCCAGUGAUCAAUACAUGCAACGGAAGGCACUGCGGAGAUACAUUCACAGGCCCUAAUAAACCCAACAAGCCAUCUCUAUGGACCGAGAACUGGACUGCUCAGUUUAGAGUUUUUGGAGACCCCCCAUCCCAAAGAUCAGCAGAAGAUACUGCAUUUUCUGUUGCUCGCUGGUUUUCAAAGAAUGGUAGUCUAGUUAACUACUACAUGUAUCAUGGUGGGACAAACUUUGGUAGAACGGCUGCCUCAUUUGUAACAACCCGUUACUACGAUGAAGCUCCUCUUGAUGAAUAUGGUUUGCAGAGGGAGCCAAAAUGGGGUCACCUCAAGGACCUGCAUAGGGCUCUAAAUCUAUGCAAGAAGGCUCUUCUAUGGGGAAACCCCAAUGUUCAAAAGUUGUCUGCUGAUGUAGAGGCUAGGUUCUAUGAGCAACCAGGAACAAAGGUUUGCGCCGCUUUCUUGACCAGCAACAACUCAAAAGAAGCAGAAACUGUUAAAUUCAGGGGUCAGGAGUAUUACCUGCCUGCUCGUUCCAUUAGCAUCCUCCCAGAUUGCAAGACUGUCGUUUAUAAUACCAUGACGGUUGUGUCACAACAUAAUUCAAGAAACUUUGUGAAAUCAAGAAAAACAAACAAACUGGAAUGGAAGAUGUACUCAGAAACAAUUCCAGCUCAGCUUCAAGUAGAUUCCAGCUUGCCAAAAGAGCUUUAUAACUUAACUAAAGAUAAAACUGACUACGUCUGGUUCACCACAACCAUAAAUGUGGAUCGCCGUGACAUGAACGAGCGUAAACGUAUUAAUCCAGUCUUAAGAGUUGCAAGUCUUGGCCAUGCGAUGGUUGCUUUUGUAAAUGGGGAAUUCAUAGGUUCUGCGCAUGGGAGCCAAAUUGAGAAGAGCUUUGUCCUCCAGCAUUCGGUGGAUUUGAAGCCUGGGAUUAAUUUUGUUACACUCUUAGGAACUCUAGUUGGACUCCCAGAUAGCGGAGCCUACAUGGAGCAUAGGUAUGCUGGACCUCGCGGUGUAUCAAUCCUAGGUUUGAACACUGGAACGCUUGAUCUGACAUCCAAUGGCUGGGGACAUCAGGUUGGCUUGUCAGGAGAGACGGCUAAAUUGUUCACAAAGGAAGGUGGGGGGAAGGUAACAUGGACAAAAGUCCAGAAGGCAGGACCUCCUGUUACAUGGUACAAGACUCACUUUGAUGCUCCUGGCGGAAAAUCCCCUGUUGCUGUCCGGAUGACUGGCAUGAACAAGGGUAUGAUUUGGAUCAAUGGUAAGAGCAUUGGUCGAUACUGGAUGACUUACGUCUCCCCUCUUGGAGAACCUACUCAAUCAGAGUACCACAUCCCAAGAUCUUACUUAAAACCAACAGACAACCUGAUGGUUAUAUUCGAGGAGGAGGAAGCAAACCCUGAAAAGAUUGAGAUCUUUACUGUCAAUAGAGAUACUAUCUGCAGCUACGUGACUGAAUAUCAUCCACCAAGUGUGAAAUCAUGGGAAAGGAAGAAUAACAAAUUCACACCUGUUGUGGAUAAUGCAAAACCAGCAGCUCACUUGAAGUGUCCAAACCAGAAGAAGAUUAUCGCCGUGCAGUUUGCAAGCUUUGGUGAUCCUUUGGGUGCCUGUGGAGGCUAUGCUGUUGGAACUUGUCAUUCACGGGUCUCCAAACAAGUUGUUGAAGAGCAUUGCUUGGGAAAAACUAGCUGUGAUAUCCCUAUUGACAAGGGACUUUUUGCUGGCAAGAAAGAUGAUUGUCCAGGUAUCAGCAAGACACUAGCAGUUCAAGUGAAGUGCAGCAGUAAGGAUCCCAAGCGUUCUGCUAACUAGGCUUCAAUGUUUUUUGUGAUCGUGUGCCAAGGCAAUUUUAUUGCGGUUUCAAGCACAUGUAGA